UCCGCAGGAUUGGGAUGGCAUCUGAUCCUUUAAUUCAAGUGACUGUGGGUCGGUUCACCAUUUUACCCUAAGGUUCAGCCAGCCUAAAGCUGGGUAAGCAGCAGAUAGCCUCAAGGCAGGACGCCCAGUCUCAGUAGAUGGAGUCUUUGAUUAGCUGUCCCUUGGGUUCUCCCUGUCUAGGUUUGUUGACCCUGCUGCAGUGUGUGACCCUGAGCUGCGUAUCUUCUUCUGAAGCUCUCAUUGCUCCGUCGUUGGUGCCCCGGGUCAAAUCUAGCUACAAUUUUGGCCGGACUUUCCUGGGACUCGAUAAAUGCAACGCCUGCAUCGGGACAUCCAUUUGUAAGAAGUUCUUUAAAGAAGAAAUCAGGUUUGACAACUGGCUUGCUUCCCACCUCAAACUCCCUCCUGAUUACUACUCCACUUACCCUGCAAACUACUCAGAUGAUACCAAAAGUUGGCGCCCAGUGGAGAUUUCCAGGCUAAUAAGUAAAUACCAAAAUGAACUUUCUGACAGGAGAAUCUGUGCAUCAGUUUCCAGUUCAAAGAACUGCAGUAUUGAGAGAGUCCUGAGGAAAACAGAGAGGGUCCAAAAAUGGCUGAAGGCCAAGCGCCUCACUCCAGACCUGGUGGAGGGUCUCCCCAGUCCAAUGCUGCGAUGUCCCUCACAGAGGCUCUUAGACCGCAUUGUCCGGAGAUACGCUGAAGUGGCAGAUGCUGGCAGUGUCUUCAUGGAUCACUUUACUGACCGGGACAAAUUGCGCCUUCUCUAUACCCUUUCCAUCAAUGCCCAUCCCAUCUUGUUACAGAUUUUCCCAGGGGCAGAGGGGUGGCCCUUGCCCAGAUACCUAGGCUCUUGUGGCCGGCUCCUGGUCAGCACCAGCACGCAGCCCCUGGAGCAGUUCUAUAGCUCACCUGCAGAACAGGCAGCUGACUUGGCGUACCAGCUCAUUGGCAUCAUGGAUUCCCUGAGGAACAAUGACUUGAACUAUUUCUUUUACUUCACCCGCAUUGAUGCUGGCACGUUUGGCAUUUUUGACAAUGGGCAUCUGUUCAUCCGAGAUGCCAGCACAGUGGGCGUCAUUGACAAGCAGCAAGGUAGUCUGACCCUAGACAGCCAACAGGAAUACAGAGACAUAUUUAGCUGCCUCGUUUCAGACUGUCGAUCUCCAUUUCCUUCUUGCAGUGCAGUCAAGGAGAAACAGAGCCUGGUGAUGGUUUGUAAGCAGCUCCUGCCCCGGCUUCUCAAAGGGAAAUUUCCCCGCCCCGAACAAGAGGAGAUAAACUCUGCUCUGAAUCUUUGUGGGAACCCUUUGCUCUCAGACCAGGAGGUCAUCAGCGCAGCCAGCAGGCUGAAGGGCAUCUUGAAACCACUGAGAACCUGUGACUCUCGAUUUGCUUACCGCUAUCCAGAUUGCAAAUACAGUGAUAGGUACUGAGAAGACAAGAUGCAUUGUAACCGAGGAAGAUGCAAGAAAACCUGGCACCUACUUGCUCAAAAGGAAACGUGGCAGAAGUGCUCAAUAAAGUUCUGAGUGCCCCACCGUGGUUUACAUGCUUAGGGAACAUAACAGCAGUGAAACUUUUUGUUCUUCUGUCUCUCUAAGUCGAUUAUGAUUGAUGUUUAAUUUUAAAGACUAGGAAUAUCAGGUUUAAGGUGCCACAUUUCCUAGGAUUUAUGAAAGUUCUGGAUUACCAGAGCUGGGAUUUAAAGCUGGAAAAGACCUUUGAGGUCAUCUAAUUUGAAUCCCCACCCACUCCAAUUUUACAGAUGAGGAAAUUGAGGCCCAGGUAGAUGGGUUUCACUUAUCGGCAGUAAACCCACUGAACCAACACUUCUACAAUAUGAAAGAGCUAGGUGGUGCAGUGGAUAGGGUGAUCUCAGACACCUGCUAGCUGUGUGACCCUGGGCAAGUCACUUAACC